GUAAGCAUACCUUUUACCUUUCUCUUUCGCUUGGGGCCAAAAUGCUGUUGCACAGUGCCAUUAUCAGCCCACUGCCGUCGUCUUGUCCAACAUGCCGAUGAUAAAGUAGUGCCUGGGCCUGCCAUAAAAUGUUGGUUCUGUCGCGGGAUCGCUGCUGUUACGGGGCCGGACCGCCGGUGGAUUGUCCAAUUGGCUCAAAGUGCACGGCGCUCCCCACACGCAAAUCGAAGCGAAAAAAAAAACCAACGAACAGAAAUGUUUAAAGUGCAAAUAAACAACAUUUAUCGGUGGGUUUUAUUGGGCAGCAUUCGAUAAAAUUAACAGGCGCCGAUCCGAUCCGAUCUGAUCCGAGCGCUGAAGGUUGCUUCUGUUGUUGGGGCGGACUUCCCUGCUGGUCAACGGCCAACGGGGUCGAGCAGCGAACAUAAUGGGACAGCCCACGAUUAUUCCUUCCACCCAAUUGGUGUCCAUUGCCGCCGCCGAGCAGGAGAUGACCGCCCUGGCGGUGUUGGCCCGCCAGCAGGCGGACGAGCAGGCCAACUACUCGGUCUGCCUGGAGGAUGUGCAGCUGUUUGGCCAGCUGGACGAUCUGAGGGGCGACGAAGACACUGAAGACAUGGAGCUGAUGAUGCUGUCGCCGGGGGCAGACUUUGACCUGAUCGAUCUGGUGAACGGGGCCCUGGAUCCCACAGGCAAUCACCACCACCCGAACACGCGAGUGCAGAACAAGCCGAAGCGGGCCGCCAAACAGGGAGCACCGCAUGUCUGCGACGUGUGCGGCAGACGCUUCUCGGAGGCCUACAACCUGCGCAUACACAAGAUGACGCACACGGACGAGAAGCCGCACGUGUGCGAUGGCUGCGGCAAGGGUUUCCGGCAAUUGAACAAGCUGCGCAUCCACUAUGUCACCCAUACGCCGGAUCGGCCGCACAAGUGCGACAUCUGCGGCAAGGGCUUUCGCUUUGCCAACUACCUGGCCGUCCAUCGUCGCCUCCACACUGGCGAGAAGCCGUAUUCGUGUUCCGUCGAGGAGUGUGAUCUGACCUUUCACUCAAUUCAUGCGCGCCGCAUCCACACCAAGCUGCAGCAUGCGGCUCCAGUUCAAUCGGAUGCCGAGCAGGAGCAGCCAGAGACGACCACAGCCACAGCCACGUCCACUUCCUCACUGUGCUACACCUGCACCAUCUGCGGCCGGGUGCUCACAGAUCAGUGCUACCUGAACACGCACAUGAAGCGGCACUACAACCAGCGUGACUUUCCCUGCCCGCAGCCGGAAUGCGGAAAGCGCUUCUUCAGCUCGUCGGAGUUGAAGCAUCACCAGAUCGCCCACACCCAGUAUCGGCCGUACGCGUGCACCCAGUGCCCGGCCCGAUUCCUCAGGAAAUCCAAUUACAAACAGCAUUUGAAAAUACACGAGCGCUGAGACACGAUUGAGGGUCCACUUCUGA